AUAUUUAUAUUUCUAUCUCUUUCGCACAUAUUGAGAAAUAAUGAAAUGAAUGGAGAAUGAGCGAAAUGGGAAUACGUUCGAGUGGAAAUUAUUGAAAGCUAUGGGCAAGACCAGUCGCCAUGUAGAAUUUUUUUGAUGUGGGUGUUGUGUCGUGAGUUGAGAUGUCAAAUGCUUCAUGAUGAUGAUUAUUUUCAAGUGGACGUUUUAGUUUUUGUGUAUAUCGUCAUCAUCUAUGCAGUGUAUGUGAACUUUAAAGUGCCAUCGUGUGUUGUGGACGGAUUCCUUUGUGCUCGAGGAGCUAGUCGCUGGCCGCAGAUAAACGCCUGGAGGGGGGCUGAAAAUACUACGAUAGCAUAGUAAUCAGUGUUUUACAACCUCGACAUCAUAAAAUACCACUUCUCGAGUGAGCGGAUGAGGCGGACUUCCAUUUUGUUAUGAGAUUUCCUUGUUUACACGAAGCGUUGUGCUCGCGACAAUGGCAAAAGACGGCAACAAUGUGUGAUUGGUAGCGGGCGGCGGUGAUGCAGCGAGCGGCCGCGGGCCUCGCCCCGCACCCCCCGCACACCCUCGCCUCGUCUCACCCCCGCGCACAUCCCUACACAGACAUUGAUGAACAGAUCCCCGCUUCGGUGAUAAGCAGCGUGGGCACCGUCAGCGUGUCUCAGUCGAGCGGCAUGGCCAACCCCACGCACCCCGGCCACGGCGGCGCCCAGCCCGGCCACGGCAGCGGCCACCCCGCCCACGGGAGCGCCCCGCCGCCGCCGCAGCCGCCGCCGCAGGCUCCCGUGCGCAAUCUACCCAAGAAGCGAAAAUUCGACCCGUCAGAACUAGAGGAGAUCGAACGCAACUGCAUCCCCGUCACCACAGCAGUGCCCAUGGACUUGCAGCAAUACCAUGUCCCGCUGAUGCAGUCGCCCCUCGUGCAGCACCCGUCCCCGUCUGUCGACGCUAAGCCCUACCUGCCUUACCCGACCAUAGACCUCUCAGAGUGGCGCGAACACAGGGUGUUGGCCAAACAUCGCGGCAUAUACAUCCCCGGCGUGAUCCGACAAGCGGAGGGCUGUAAAGUGUUAGUGGAGUUGGACGGGUUAGAAAGUGAACCGGUGGAGUACAGUGACGUGUUUGGUGUGAACAAGUUCGAUAUAAUAAGUGACGCGAGCCCUCAGCUGAGCCACCUGGCGGUGGGCUCGGGCUGUGUGGUGAGGACCGCGGACGUCAGCCGGGACAGCGUGCAAAAUGUCUUCCUGGAGGGCUUUGUGUUCGAAGUACUCAGCGCGCCCAUCAGGAUACGAGUUAGGGUGAGCGACGGCGACAUCUACAAGGAGACGGUGGAGGCGCGGCGCGCGGACAUCCGCCUGCUGCAGCCGCCCUGGGCCGACGAGCUGGAGGACGCGGGCGCGCCGCCGCCGCCCGCCCACGCGCGCCUCAAGCACGCGCCGCCCGCCCAGCUAUCCAACGAGCACUUCUACACCUCCUCCCCGAUAGCGGGCGCGGGCGCGGUGGCGGUGGGCGCGCUGUCCAACGGAUCCAUGGACGAGUUGCGGAAGCGAGCGUUUGAUGACUACGGAGAGAGCGAUGAUGACCUGCGCAGGGAGGACAUCAUGUUCCCUACUGACGCUUCUCAUAUCGAUUGCAGCAACAGCAAGCGCAGCAGCCUGCAGAGCCGCGGCAGCACGUCCAGCCUGCUGGAGCGGAGCCUCACGCCACGCUCGCAGCCGCCCACACCCAGAUCUCAAGCGGCGACCCCGCACAAGUACAAGAAGGGCGACGUGGUGUCCACGCCCACCGGCAUCCGCAAGAAGUUCAACGGCAAGCAGUGGCGCCGGCUGUGCAGCAAGGACGGCUGCUGCAAGGAGAGCCAGCGCCGCGGGUUCUGCUCGCGGCACCUGUCGCUGCGGGGCGCGCCGCGCGGGAGCCACACGCCGCUGCACCACGCCUCCGCCACCACGCCGCUGCAGAGAAGCAGCAGCAAGUCCCUGUCCUCAUCCGGCACGGGCGUAGAAGGAGACGAGACGUCACGAGAGUCGGACACGACGCCGCCGCACUACCGGGUCACCGGCCGCUUCGACCCGGACGAGACCGAGGCCGCCAACAUGCUCGUGUCCCUGGGCAGCUCCCGCUCGGGCAGCCCGGGCGCGUCCCCCCCCGAGGCGGCGGGCGCGUCCCCCCCCGCGCUGCGCAACAACGUGUUCGUGCCCAUCUCCUCGCCGCAGCCCGUGCCCAACACGCACCACCUCAUCAGGCCUGAGUUGGUGCGUCCGGGGCGCAUGAGUCCCGUCAGCAGCGUGGCCACCAGCGUCAUCCGGGUCUCUCCCGCGCCCACUUAUCACUAUCAGGUGGACAACCGUAACGGUGGCGGCAUCCAGUUCCAAUCGACCAAUCACAGCGUGCAAUCCAACGUCAUGAGCGUGCAAAACUCGCUCAACAUACAAACGUCGACACUCCAAGCCAGUCUCAACGCGCCGACCAGUCUCCACUCAAACAUGAGCCUCCCGUCUAGUCUCACACUGAACAGCAUCAACCAAUCACUGCAGACCAGCAUAGCCAACAGCAUACGGAACGCCAAAAUGGACGAGAUACCUCACAACCUAGUGGUACACCGCCCGAACGGGCUAGAAAACGAUUACCGUCCGCAGUUGCAUCUACGCAACGGUAACGACUACAGACGAGACACAGACAUGUCCCCUUUACACAUGAAUCACGAUAAUUUUUUACCCCGAAGAGCGGACUUCGAUGAAGAAGACCACUCGGUGCCGCAACGGGAGAACCUUCAAAGGUUAAUGGACACACGGCCUCAAGAGAUAAGUGAGAUGGUCGAGGCUCGUCUAGACGACAGUAACAGGAUAGUGAAGCCGGCGCCUCUGCAGGCGAGGUUUGUGUCGCUGGUGGACCCUGACUCCAAGGAUGUCAUGAAGAGGCCCACGUUCUACGUGAUACCACAGAAUAGCAUUGACAAGAAGAUUGUGCUCAUCAAGAAUGAGCCACAGGAGACUUUGCAGUUAUCUGUGCAGAUCCAGGAGAAGUCGCACCAGUUCGCUCACAACGCCGGACACGAGGGGAAUGACCACCGCCCACAUGAUAAUGGCGACCAUGUGAACAACAUAAACAGCAGUGCAGUGAUCGUCCGCCCCAGCCAACUGUUGCCGGUUCUGCCUUCGCCAACUAUUAUUGUAUCAACAACCGGCGUGUCCAACAACGUGUUUCCCUGGCAGUCUCUAGUACCCAUACUAGCGGGCGCGUCCCCGCCCCCCGCCCCGCCGUCCCCGCGCACCCCGCGCACCCCGCAGACCCCGCAUACGCCUCAUACCCCGCUCACGCCUCAUACGCCCGCGGAGAGGACGCAGGGGGGGAGUAAUGGCACUGACACAUCAGCCCCGAUGUGCGCCGAAGAAGACGACGACGUGUUCGAGAGCGAGGACGCGCCGCCGGCCGCCGACGCCGACGACAGCAACAAGCGCCGCACGCAGAGCCUGUCCGCGCUCCACCAGCCCGCCGACAAGAAGGAGCACCGUGUGCGGCGUCCAAUGAACGCGUUCAUGAUAUUCUCCAAACGCCACCGCCAGACCGUCCACCAGAGAUACCCCAACCAGGACAACCGGACCGUGAGCAAGAUCCUGGGCGAGUGGUGGUACGCACUGCCGCCCGGGGAGAAGCACCAGUACCACGAGCUGGCUAGCGAGGUGAAAGAAGCUCACUUCAAGGCUCACCCGGAGUGGAAAUGGUGUAAUAAGGACCGCAGAAAAUCAUCAUCCAGCAGCCGCGACCCUCCUGGUUCUAUGCCACAGAGUCCCCGUACCCCGCUAGACGGCGGCGCCACCGCGGCGGCCAUCAGCUGCGCGGACGGGGCCUCCUUCCACCGCGCCUCGCCAACAAGCGACGACGACCAGAUGGUCAUGCAGAUACCGCCGCACAUAGCCUCCGAGCAAUCCCAGUUGGACAUAGACCUCAAGUGCGGGGAGAAAGUAACAGACUCCGACUCGGAGAGCCAGGCGGAGCCGCGUGACUUCAACCCGGACCAGACGCGCCGGCCGAAGCCUAUCAAAGCCAGAGCGGGCUCGUCGGACAAUCUCCUCGGCGGCAUCACGGCUUCGAGUCCCGGCGGGUCCAAGGUGUUCCAGCCGACCGGCGGCGCCUUCAAGUCCACACACGCCGAUACUGGUGAAAACCACCGGCAAUGGACGGCGUUCACCUCCAUCAACAAGUCGGGCCACAACCAGGUGCCGCACUCGCCUCACUCGUCCAUCGCCCAGUCUCUGUCCACGACCCAGAGCCUCACCAACAGUGUGCAGGGCAUAUCGCUGAGUACACCCAACUUGAGCACUCAGGCGGCGUUGGAUAAUGCUAUUGCGUCGAUUAUGAACUCGCCCACUAUACCGCAGACUCAGGUGAUAUCGUCAGGCAGUCAGACGCAGCUAAGCCACAGUCAGCUCAGCUACAGCCAGAGUCAGGGGCUGAGUCAGCCGCAGACGCCCACGUCCACGGCGCUCAGUAACGCACUCAUCAGGAGCGUCACCCUUGUCAAGAGGACUGUGGAGAAUUCUAAUGGUCCGAUGCCGCUGACGCUGUCGCUCGUGUCGGACGCGUGCGGCAACCUGAUGAUCAAGACGAGCCAGGCGGACGACGCGCCGCUGCAGUACGUGCGCGUGCAGGGCGCCUACGUGCCGUGUCGGCCAGAAGUAGACAACAACAAGAACGUGGUGAACCAACAAGGCGGUCAGUCGGUUAUCGUGUCUCAAAGCAACAACACUACCACCAACAACACUACCACCAACAAGCCAGCGUCGUGGGACGCCCCCGCGGAGGAGGCGCGGCCGUUCCCGCUGGCGCCGACGCCCGCGCAGCUCGGCCGCGCGCCGCUGCAGAAACGACUUAGUAGAGGAGCGUCAACGGGCUCACAGAACAGCAACGACUGCGGCGGCGCGCGCUCGGACAGCGGCCCCCCCACCCCGCUGGAGGGGGACCCCCUCCCCUCGCCCAAGCCGGACCAGAAGAGCCUGUUCAAGCACCGCACUGAGGAUACUAGGGACAAAGUGCUAGAGACGGUGAACUUCUCCCAGAAGUUCACGAACCUGCCGCAGUUCAAGCCGGACGCGUACUCGCCCAGCGCCGUCGUCGUGCCCAAGAGCCCGCAGCUCUGCUUCCGCAAGAAGAUCAUGAAGGAAGAAGACACGCCAGUAGCGACACCGCUCAAAGAGCCGGAGCUGUGCCACGCGCCGGCCACGCCCAGCGCGUACGCCACGCCGCACACCACCACCAAGCUGGUGGGCAACACGUUCUUCGGACCCGACUUCAACAUCGACACCUUCCGAGUUUCAGAGUCCCUCGAGGACAUGUCCCCGCGCACGCCUGUCUCGGCGGGAGGCGCGCGGGGCGAGGCCGGCCACCGCCGCCUGCUGGAGCAGCGCCGGCAGCUCGUGCUCAAGCUGUUCCAGCAGCACGGCAUGUUUCCCACCACGCAGGCUACUACGGACUUUCAGACAAUGCACAUGGACGUGUUCCCGAACAAGACGUCCCUGCAGCUGAAGAUCCGCGAGGUGCGGCAGAAGCUGAUGGCGCAGUCCAACCUGACGCCGCACUCGGAACUCAACACGCCCACUAAUGUGAAUUCCCCGAUAGUGUCAAGCGCUCUGCAGCCGACGUCCACCGCCAGUUAGCGAUGCGGAUACACCGUCUUCAUCGUCGUGCAGGAGUAGACGCCAUAGACUAGACUGAGCGCACUCUACUCUAUGGUCAAUACAAAAUGGACGCCUUACUGUAACGGUUGAUGCUCGCAACAUUUCAAUAUUUUUUUUGAAAAAACUAUAUUUUUCAAUUACGCAAAUAAAUCAGCUGGUCUAAUAUUGUAAGCAGUGGUGAGCAUCAAUUGAUAUAGUAAAUGAGUCUUUUUAUCUACCCACAUGCAUGAUGUGAAGAAGUAUGGGUGAAAACAUAAUUAUGAUUGUGAGAUGUAAAUGUAAUCAUGGUGCAAAAGGAUGAUUGAAAUGCAUUUAAGUUUUCCAUGUGAAAUCGAGGGGCAAUGAUUGAGAUUGAACAUUAUAUUUAAACACUAAAAAACAAUUAAAAAUGAAAAUCGUAAAAAAAUACUAUCACAUUAAUUGGUGAAUGGGUUGAGUGUUGUGGAUAUGCCAAUAAAAAAUGCAUUAAAUUUCAAACUCUGAUGGGGUUGAAUGAAAUAGUAAAAAUCUGUCUUAUUGAGAAAAAAGUAGCGCAUUAAUCUUUAAUGUAGAUUAUGUAAUGUCAUGUAUGACUCGUAAAAAUCGUAAUGAGAUUUUUAAAGUAUAUUUCCCUAUUUUAUUUUCAACAUGGCAGAUAUCAUUCAUAUACAUGAUUUUAAUAAUUCCCCAACAUUUCAUGUAAGUAUAAGACUAGGUUGUCGGCGUGAUCUCAUUACAGUUCUAUUAAUAUGUGUGUAUUCGUAUUAAUAUUAUGUGUGUCCUACAUCAGUUGCAACGGUUAGCUAAACAUUAUUAAUUACUUAUAUUAUAGCUUUAUUUUAAUAAUUAAGUUACGUUAAGGUUACCUGUAAGUAAGCGAAACAUUGACUAGCACUUUCGAACUGAUAGAAACGAAAACGAAACCUCUUCGCGACGUUAGAAGGUCUUUUCAUUCUUGCAUUUUCUUAAAAACUCAGUGAUUUGCUGUAGCUGAUCGAAAAAAAACAUAUAUGUAGUUGUCCUAGGUGAGGACUGAACGAUUGACCGAGUGUUAGUUUCAGUUUGAUUUGGAAAUCAAUGUAAGAAUAUAAAACACUUUACGAACGACAUACGACUUCCACAAUUACAUACUUCACUCGAAUCGUAUACAGUGAGUA